UUUCGUCUUUCUUUGUUACUACAACUUCAUUCGUUUUAUUGCCGGGCAGAAUCUCCUUUGUUAUCUCUGUUCGUUCUGUUAUCAGAGGUCCAUCGCCAUUUUCUGUAACAUUCUUAGUCUCCACAGAAGUCUCCUUAAUGGUUUCCUGUGAAGGUAGUUUUUCUUCUUUCUCUGUUACUAAAGUUUCAUUCGUUUUAUUGCCGGGCAGAAUCUCCUUUGUUAUCUCUGUUCGCACUGUUAUCAGAGGUCCAUCACCAUUUUCUGUAACAUUCUUAGUCUCCACAGAAGUCUCCUUAAUGGUUUCCCGUGAAGGAAGUUUUUCUUCUUUCUCUGUUACUACAACUUCAUUCGUUUUAUUGCCGGGUAGAAUCUCCUUUGUUAUCUCUGUUCGUUCUGUUAUCAGAGGUCCAUCGCCAUUUUCUGUAACAUUCUUAGUCUCCACAGAAGUCUCCUUAAUGGCUUCCUGUGAAGGUAGUUUUUCUUCUUUUUCUGUUACUACAACUUCAUUCGUUUUAUUGCCGGGCAGAAUCUCCUUUGUUAUCUCUGUUCGUUCUGUUAUCAGAGGUCCAUCGACAUUUUCUGUAACAUUCUUAGUCUCGAGAGAAGUAUCCUUAAUGGUUUCCCGUGAAGGUAGUUUUUCUUUUUCUGUUACUUCAACUUCAUUCGUUUUAUUGCCGGGCAGAAUCUCCUUUGUUAUCUCUGUUCGUUCUGUUAUCAGAGGUCCAUCGCCAUUUUCUGUAACAUUCUUAGUCUCGAGAGAAGUAUCCUUAAUGGUUUCCUGUGAAGGUAGUUUUUCUUCUUUCUCUGUUACUAAAGUUUCAUUCGUUUUAUUGCCGGGCAGAAUCUCCUUUGUUAUCUCUGUUCGUUCUGUUAUCAGAGGUCCAUCGCCAUUUUCUGUAACAUUCUUAGUCUCGAGACAAGUAUCCUUAAUGGUUUCCUGUGAAGGUAGUUUUUCUUCUUUUUCUGUUACUACAACUUCAUUCGUUUUAUUGCCGGGCAGAAUCUCCUUUGUUAUCUCUGUUCGUUCUGUUAUCAGAGGUCCAUCGCCAUUUUCUGUAACAUUCUUAGUCUCCACAGAAGUCUCCUUAAUGGUUUCCUACUACGUAACGUAG